CCCCUUACAAUAAAUAAUAAAAAAAAAACGAAAUGAAUCGCUUUGCCAUUCCACGACUUUUUCAAAAGGCGAGCUAUGCUACGAAAUCCUUGUUACCCAACAAGACGAUUAAGACUUUGUUAAAAGAAGAUGCUGAUCAAGUCUCGGUUCGAGGCUGGGUUAGAUCUGUGCGUAAACAAAAGCAAGUUAGUUUUGCCACUAUUAACGAUGGUUCCAACUUGAAAGGCAUUCAGGCUAUUUUAAACGAAAAAGAUGCUCAACUGUUGACAACUGGAGCUUGUGUUGAGUUGCAAGGCGCACUUAUUGCCAGUCCCGGUAAGGAACAAAGCAAGGAGUUACAAGUAAACCAUAUCAAGGUCUUGGGUGAAUGUGACACUACAUACCCACUUCAAAAGAAACGCCAUACCAAUGAAUUCCUUAGAAGUAUUGGACAUUUGAGAAUGCGAGGCAAUACUGGUAGCGCCGUACUUCGAGUCAGAAAUGCUGCCAGUGAAGGCAUUCGUGAUUUUUUUAGAGAGCAAGAAUUUAUUCUUACGAACACACCCAUCUUAACCUCGCAUGAUUGUGAAGGAGGAGGAGAAGUUUUCAAGAUCACACCUAUUGACUCCAAAGAACCUACCGAGUUUUUCAAAAAACCAGUUUAUUUGACCGUCUCUGGCCAAUUACACGCCGAGAUUAUGGCAUCUGCCAUGUCCAGAGUCUAUACAUUUGGCCCUACAUUCAGAGCAGAAGAAUCCUUGACCUCGAGACAUUUGGCAGAAUUUUGGAUGUUGGAAGCAGAAAUGGCAUUUAUUGAUGAUUUGCAACCUCUUUUGGAUGUGACAGAAGGCAGUGUCCAACAAACAACACGUCAUGUAUUAGACACUUGUAGCGACGAUCUCGCAUUUUUCAACCAAUGGGUUGAUAAAUCUCUUUUAGAAAGAUUACACAAGAGUGUAGAUAAACCAUUUGUCAGAAUGACUUAUACAGAAGCUAUCGAGGUGUUACAAAAAGUCCAAGAGAAGGACAAGAAUCGAUUCAAAUAUCCCACCACUUGGGGAUCCAGUCUUCAAUCUGAACAUGAACGUUAUUUGGCUUCAGAGUAUUGUCAACAACCCGUUUUCGUGACAGACUAUCCCGCUGACUUGAAACCAUUUUAUAUGAGAGCCAAUGAGGAUGGUAAAACCGUUGGAUGCUUUGAUUUGUUAUUACCCGGUAUUGGUGAGCUUGUGGGCGGAUCCAUGCGUGAAGAACGUUACGGUAUCUUGGAGCAAAAGAUGAAGGAUGCCAAGAUGAACAUGGAAGAUUAUCAAUGGUACUUGGAUUUACGUAAAUAUGGUAGUGCUCCCCACGGUGGUUAUGGUAUCGGGUUUGAAAGACUGUUACUUUGGUUGACUGGUUUGGAAAAUGUGCGUGAAGUCAUUCCUAUGCCUAGAUGGGUUGGUAGUUGUAAAUUUUAAUUUAGAGUUUUUUUUUUGUUUUUUGUUUUAUAUUUUAUUUUAAUGAAUAAUAAAAAAGAAGGGAAUUUAUAUAUUA